AAUUGAAAUUUGAAGUUUUGUAGUGGCGGUAUUACUACAAUUCUGUGUUUUUAAACUAUUUUGAUCGUUCAGUAUGUCAGCAGAAGAUGAUUGGUCUAAGUUACCUACUCUGGCUAAAGUACAGCACAAACUCUGGAACGCUCGUGUGGCAGGAUAUGAAGAGGCUUUCCAAUUAUUUUCGACUGAGACAAAUGAAAAAAGUGUUGUUUUCAAUGAGUACAUUGGACUGAUGAAGAAAUUUGUAACUGAUCCUCAUGCUGUAGCUCAAGAAAAAGCUUUAGAUGCUGUCCUAGCAUAUAUAGAAGUUGCUUCGGCAGCCUCAAAGUAGUGAUUUGUUUCUAAUAACUAUAAUUAGAUGCGCCGGAGAUAUAUGUUCAUGUAUCAUAUCAAAAUGCCUAGGUUCUACUCGGGCGAAAACAAAAGAUAAGUCAAUCGAAUGUCUCCUGAUGCUGAUAGAAAUUGAACGUCAUGAGUUGAUAAUCGAAGAACUAAUGAAGGGAUUAUCAACAAAGAAUCCAAAGGUUGUUAUAGGAUGUCUACAAACUCUCCGUGAAGCUUUAAAUCUUUUCGGUUCAGCUGUGGUUCCGACUAAACCUCUUUUUAAGGAGUUUGGCCGACUUCUUGAUGAUCGAGACCAAGGCAUUCGAAAUGAGACGAAAAAUCUUAUUGUUGAAGUUUACAGAUGGGUGGGUGCUGGUACAAAAGAUUUGUUAAAAGAUAUUAAACCUGUUGUGAUGAAUGAACUGAAUGAAUUAUUCAACUGCGUUCCACCAGAAAAACCUGUUCGAGUGCGGUACUUACGCAGUCAAAAGCCUAAAGAAACUAUUCCAGACGUGAGUGUUGAAAAUGGUGAUCAGGCAGUCGCCUCAGAUGAAAUUCAAGUUGUUCAAAUUGAUGUGGAUGAUAUGAUUACUCCUGUUGAGGUUCUUAGCAAAAUUCCCAAAGAUUACUGGCAGCAAAUAACUGAAAAAAAAUGGCAAGAUCGUCGUGAUGCUUUGGAGGCACUUGAGAAGGUAACAAACGUUCCUCGAAUCGUGCCUGGAGACUUUUCAGAUCUUGUGAAGAGUCUACUUCAGGUUGUUAAUAAGGAUACCAACGUGAUUCUAGUAGCUCUUGCAGCUAAAAUUUUAGGGCAGUUGGCAAAAGGACUAAAAUCUAAGUUCAGUCCUUAUUCUCAACAAACCUUGCAAGCCUGUUUAGCCAAGUUUAAAGAAAAGAAACCGAAUGUUGUCCAGGCCUUAAGAGAAGUUGCUGAUGCUGCUGUCUCUUCGACAUCUCUAGAUCAUUUUGUGGAUGACAUUGUAGCUGCUCUGGGUCACAAAACACCUAAUGUACGUGCAGAGGCAGCCUUGAUUUUAAGCAGAGUAUUCAGGAAGUGUUCCGCCGUAACGCUAAACAAAAAGCUUCUGAAAUCAUUUACCGUACCGCUGUGUGCAGCUUGUAAUGAUACUGUCCCUGAAGUACGUGAAGGCAGUUUUGCCGCCCUUGGCACUGCGAUGUUCGUCGUAUCGGCGAAAACGAUACAACCGUUCCUCAGUGAACUGGAUCCUAUUCGAAUGUCGAAAAUCAGUGAUUGCUGUGAGCAAAUAGCCUCUGAAGUUGGCAAUCCGAGUCGUUCCGCUGGUCAACCGACCACACCAGCGAAGCCUGACUCUGCACCACGUCGUGCAGCACCACCCGUCGCUCGUCCGAAUACAGCCCCUAGUGGAACAGGGCAAGUUGCAUCAGAGGAUACUAAUAAAGCAGUUCCCACCUCUAAACCGCCUGGUAAGAAAACGACACGUGCAAAAUCUGCUGCAGCAACUGGAGAUCAAUCGAAGUCUGGAAUUCCAGCGGAAAACUUGUUAACAGAGGAUGAAAUAUCUCUCAAGGCCUCUGAACUUCUUGGUGAGGCACUUGUAAAGCAAAUGUCCGAUACAAAUUGGAAAGAGCGCUUACAAGCUGUUGAACAACUGAAGUCUAACCUGCAAUCUGUCAGCGCUCCUGAUAUGCCUACACAAGUUCUUUGUCGUUGCGUACUACUUAAGCCUGGAAUCAAGGAUACUAAUUUUCAGGUUCUUCGUGCUCGCAUUGAAUAUAUCAAUGCGAUCCUGUCUUCAAACGCUUCUGUCAGUUCAAAUGUGGCUGAUCUGCUCGUAUCAGAACUUCUUGAUAAGGUUUGUGAUGCCAAAGUGGGUGACAUAGUCAAAACGACAUUGACACUGUUAGCUGAACGAACAAGUCUUGAAUUAGUGGGUGGAUGUGUAAUACGAAUGCUUUUCCAACUGAAAAAUCCUCGCAGUCAAGCUGAAGGUUUAACGUGGUUAAACCAAAAUGUUCAGGAAUUUGGGUUUAGCAUUCCUACACAAGAAGUUGGACCGCUUUUGAAAACUGGUCUAAGUGCAACUAACCCAUCUGUCCGGCAAAAUUCUUUGAUUCUAGCUGGAACUAUUCAUCUAUUUCUUGGAGAUCGUUUAGUCAGUCUAUUGGCGGACGAAAAACCUGCUGUUAUCACCUUAUUAAAUGCAGAAUUCGCAAAAAAUAAAGAUCGUUCACCUCCUGCUCCUGUACGAUUUUCCGCUGCCCAGGCAUUUCGCAAAGAUCCCACAUCUCCUGGCUCUGAGGGAACAGAACCAACGGUGGCAAAUGCAGAAACUAUUCAAAAGGAGGAUCCUGAUGCUGAAGCACUACUUCCAAAGACAGAUAUAAGUGAUCGCUUUACACCUGAACUACUUGGACUUUUAAAAAGCAAAACUUGGAAAGAACGUUCGGAAGCUCUGAGCACUAUUGAAAAAUUCAUAUCUCCAUCUAUGAUGAUCGAUGGUUCAAAUGGGAAACUCCAAGAACCUUUAACUAUGAUAGCUAAAGCUACUAAUGAUGCAAAUAAAAAUUUAGCCAAACAAGCUUUGCUAAUUUUGUCGUCAUUCGCUUCGUCAAUGCCGAAGUCAGAUGCUGUGAAUUACAUUAAGUAUAUUGAACCACCUUUACUACUAUGCCUUGGUGAUUCCAAAGUUCAAAUACGCGAAGCAGCUGUAACCGCAUUUAGCUCUUGGCAAGCUCGGGUCCCCAUUCUGUCAAUAUUUGAAAACGAUAUGUUAGCUGACGCUUUGAAAAUGGAAAAUCCUUUUUUACGAACAGAAUUGCUUCGCUGGUUGCAGAAUGCACUGUCACCCAUGCCGCUAAACGCAUUGCGUAAAAAUGCAGCAGAGAUAACUGAUAAUUUAAUGCCUCAGGUGUUCGCUGCAGUUGAAGAUCGCAAUGCAGAUGCUCGUAAACAAGCUCAACUUGUUCUCCCCUGUUUGAUACAAGUUUUUGGCUGGGAACCCAUUGUAAAAUGUGCCAAUCGUCUUAAACCCACAUCAAAAGACACAGUCAUGCCACAUUUAGAAAAAGCCCGUGAAAGUGUAGCUGCAUCACAUCCUGAUGUAUCCGAGAAGAAAAAUGCAUCUGCGCCUAAGGUAGUACGUGGUGGCGGUGGCAGUGCUGCGACUGCUGCUGCACGUGCUCAUACAUCUUCAAACACCUCAGCUGUUACUCCAUCAGAAAAUGGUGAGGAGUCUGAAACUACGACACAGUCUUCAAACACUACUACCAAACCAAGUUCUGAGGCAAAGAAGAAAAUUGAUAAGAAAAAACCUACCAGUGCAAAUAGAAAAUCAAGUAUUGAACAACCGACAGCAUCUGUCAUUUUGCCACCAAACAAAGCUGCUAAAACAGCCCGAGUAGCUGAUGAAAAAAAACGCAAGCUUCUGAAAUGGGACUUUGAUGCCCCGACAAAAGACCAUAUUCAACAGUUGAAUACUCUGUUCAUUACAUCAGGUGCUUCUCCAGAAUUCCACGCUCUUUUGUUUCAUUCAGACUUUAGACAACAUAUCAAAGCGAUAGAUCAACUUUCUCAACUACUAGAUACCCCUGAAGGCGGUGAAGCUACUUUGAUAAACGUGGAUAUUAUUUUGAAAUGGAUUGUUCUUCGGUUCUUUGAAACGAAUCCAGUUGUUUUAGGAAGAUGUAUGGAUUAUCUAACAAAGUUAUUUGUUCAUAUGUCGGAAUAUGGAGCAAAUCUUUCUGAACUUGAGGGUGGUUCAUUUCUUCCUUAUUUGGUAAUGAAAGUGGGUGAUGCGAAAGACGUCAUUCGACAAAAUAUUCGUGCAAUAAUGAAGCUUGUGGUUAACCUCUAUCCACCUAGUCGUUUAUUCACUUUCCUCACGAAUGGAAUUAAAGCAAAGACAAACAAAACAAGACAAGAAUGCUUAGAUGAAAUGGGAUCACUAAUUGAUCGGUUUGGAUUGAACGUUUGUCAACCCACUGUUCCUGUAGCUUUAAAACUAAUAGCACAACAAAUAGGUGAUCGUGACAGCGGAGUUCGAUCAGCUGCUUUGAAUGCAUUACUGUCCGCCUAUGCCAUUAUUGGUGAGCAGAUAUGGAAAAUAAUCGGCGAUAUACCUGAGAAAGAUCGUUCAAUGUUGGAGGAACGUAUUAAACGGGUUGGCCAUAUCUCAGCUACUACUGAUAACUUUGAACCAAAGGUUCCCGUUGCAAGACCAAAUAAUGCGAGACGGGAACCUUCUGAAUCGCGUCGUCUUCCAGAACCUGUUCCUAAUGAAUAUCGUCGUCAGCAACCUGUUUCCGCGGCUUAUGCUAGAGCUCGUGCUAUGCUGAAUGAACUAGGUGAUUUAUCUCCUGAAAAAGCUCCUAGUAUGCCUCCCCUUAUCCAAUUAGAUGAUCAGAUUAGUGAUCUCUUUCAACCUAUUGAAAUGCCUGUAGUAAAAACAAAUGUACGCCAACCUGUUUUGAACGCAUUGCUACGGACAAGUCCUGAUACAGCCUCAGCUAUCACAAUGGUAGUAACAGCUAUAUCUUCUAACAAUUUAGUGGUUAGUUGUCAUGCUCUUGCCGAAAUCGAUACAGUCCUAAAAGAUGAAAAAUGGUAUCUUUUAAUGAAUCAUGUCAAUCAAAUUUUAAUGCUUAUCACAAUGCAAUUACGCCAAGUUACUUCAAGAUAUUUUGAUGAUCCUUCAAUCACCGAAGAUCAAUUAUGCAUAGUGAUACAAUGUCAUCUAGCCACUAUUGAUUCUCUUUUCAGUCAGCCGACGUUAGGUCGUGAAGUUUCACGCGAAACGUUAAGAGAAUUAAUUCAGUCUCUUCUCCAAAUGAUGUUAGAUGAAAGAACAGCUGAAAUGACUACUGGUGACAAAAUAAUCAGAUCAAUCAACGCACUUUUUCUUCGUAUACUUGAGAUUGCCAACGGAACACGUAUACUCAGUGCUCUCAUCCGAUUGUUGCAUGAAUGUGUCAGUAGUGGACACCUUACAAAUCGAUUUACACAAUGUAUUCUCAAGAGUAUAUGGCGUAUCACUAAAGGCAUGAAUAACGCAUUUAAUAACUAUGCUGUGGAUGUUAUACUUCUGGAUUGUCAUCAUUUUUUGAAGGCAUUUCCACCUUCUUCAUGGAGUUCACGAAAAUCAGAUGUACCGUUGCGAACGAUCAAGACGUUGUUGCAUGUUUUAUGUUGCCUCCAUGGUCCAUCAAUUUUACAGUUUUUAGAAUGCAUACCGAAUAAGGAAGAUUCAGAACUGGAGUCCUACCUAAUCCGAAGAUUGGAAACUACCUCAGGAGUUAAAACAACCUCUGAAAGCCAAUCGAAAGUAUUUGUACUUUCUACUGCAACUCGUGAGAAGUUGGCGGAAAUAUUCAAAAAAGUGGGAUCUAAGGAACCUGAAGAAGGGUUGAAUGAAUUAUAUGAUUUUACCCAGCUCUACCCAGAUGUAGAUUUGUCUUCAUAUCUGACGAAUACAAGCCAGUUUUUCCAGACUUAUAUAAAACAAGCUUUAAGAAAUAUAGCUGUUGAACGUGCACGUCAGACAAGAAUAGAUAACAAAGAAGCCAAUAGACUAACACCUCAUCAAGUAAGUACCCUUUUUCUUUACCUCAUAGCAGCCGUUCAGAAAGAUCUUUAUUCGCCAUUUACCGCUAUUUAUCAACCUGAGUGAUCACUUUUUUGUCAUAGAAAUCUUUUUACGCCCUGUAUAAGGGGCUAGUCUUAUUGCCAACUAGUAGUAAUAUCACAAAAGUAUUAGCAAAUUAAUACUUCCUUGUAGCUGGCCUAUCCAUGUCACUUAUUCCGAAGGACAUUAUUUGAGCAACGUUGAAACUACGUUUUUCUGGACGAAAGUAUGACUGCGGUAAGGUGUUCUCAGUGGAUAGCGAAUAGUACCACGCUGAUACUGCGUCCCCCUAUGGAAAGUAAGGAUUGGAAUAAGUCGGUCCAUAAAGUAGCCGAUGGUAUGGUAUGUAGCUGGAUUCGUUGCCUCAACUUCCAGAAAUGCCGUAUGUGAUCAGCCUCCUUUGCUCUGUGCGAUCACCCAUCACUAUUGCUACCUAGACGUUUUUUUAGGUAACUCAAGAAGAACUAACCUUUCGCGAUUUGGACCAUCUCUGGUGCUGUCAUAUCAGUUUACCUAAUGAAAGCCAAGUGAAUUUCUCUUCAGUUUGUUCUGACCUCUUGUAUGACUGUGAAACAUAGCCAUUAAAAAUGGAUUGUAUGAGGAGGCUUCAUGUGUUUCAUCACCUUUAACUUCGUAGCAUUGUCUAUUACGUCGGUAACAUAGAGGUCAAGAAUAAAGUUUUGCGUGGCAGACAUGUUGGUCGGCUAGGUCAUAAACUGCGUCAUGUGAAUAAGUCUCCGUAUUCUAAUGUCAUGAGCAGAGUGUAGUGAAUAUGGUUAGUGUGUAAUAGAUAAGUAAAAGGCCUCUUAGAUUGGUUCUGUGAGGGGACAUUGGUUAUAAGCUUCCGUUGCGAUAGUUCUCUGUUAAAUCUCAGUGUUAUCGCGACCUCUGUUUAACUAACUGGGUUAAUACUAACUGACACAAUGUGUAGUCAUUGAAGCUUACUUGCCAACACUAGAUGCCACAAAGACAAUGAUUGUUCCAGAAAUUUUGCUACUUUGAGGUACGUUACCUUCACAAAGCUACAGAUGAUCCCCUUUACCGAUUUACCUCCAUUUGCAACCUAAACAUGAAAAAGCGUAUUGUUUUCUAAUCAAUAUCUUUUCGACUCAUGCACUAUUUUCUCUUUUGAAUUUCAUCUUCCAGCCUGCGUAUUUAAUUCCUCAGCUAGCACUAUGUCAUCUGUCGAGAGCACUUGGUUUAUGGCAGAACUCCACCUAAGCUAUAUACGGACUACAGUCAGUUGAUGCACAGGCAGAGAUAAGGAAAAGAUACCAUUUCUCUUCCCAAUGACUUUUUACCGCAGCAGAAAGCUUUAGCCCAAUAGCCACUCAUGAUAUUUUCCGAACCUACUUUUAUUUUACUUGGUAUUUCGCGCAUAGAAUAACGGUGACUAGGUGGGCCUAACACAUUUCUCAGUUGAUUAAAGUAUGGAAACUCAGAGCACGAGGAAAUUCCCACAAAAUCGCGAAUUGUUUGACUUCUGAAACAUUUGAUAUUAUUUCAAGCUAUUGCAUCAUGUAAUCUCUCGAACAUUACCACAAAUUUCUGGUGUUCUGAACACAUCUGUCCCUUUAUUCCAUAAUAAUUCAUCAUAAUUAAAAAAAAAUCUUCACUCCUUUCAACCAGUCUCAGGGGCAACAAAAUUAACAUUUUAAAUGCUGCUUGAAUAUAAGAUAUAAGGCACUUGAAUGAUUGAUGAAUAGUGUAACACAAUAAGCAUGUUCAAUUUCAUACAUUAUGCAGUAAGCCACAUCCAGUGUGUUACGGGUUUGCCUCCCAGACCGCAAUGGUUGGAAGAGGGUUCGGACCCGUGUCUCACUCGUUGAGAAUUCGGCGUCUGUUGUAUGACUGAAUAAUACUGGAUUAUAGAUUUCUCCUAAUCAAUCAAUGGAUUACGAAUUAGGGACUGUCGUUAUACACCCACAGCACUGACACGUGACAAUGGAAAUUGAUCACUGGGGACAGGAAUUACUACUCUAGGAAAAAGGAAAAACUAACAAUAACUGCCAAGUUUGAUAUAGAAAAAUUGUCUCUUCUGAUACUGGUUAAUAUUAGACUGAUAACAAAAUGUGAAUGACGGCACCUUUGAUCAAGGUUAAGGACAACUAUUUAGUCUGUACUUUGCAUGGAAAACGACUAAACGAUUAGCAGUCUUUCUUUUCGUUCCUCCAGUCUAAUCCUAUGGACUGCAUCUUCACUGGGUUAGUUGAUUAGUCAUGAAAUGUUGUGUUAGGCUUCUAUCAUGCUGAAAAUGUAAUUCACUCAUUGAUCUAGUUUCCUGCACUCGGCUAUUUUAUCACUAUUCGGUUUACUUACGGUAUGUAUUUACUUCCUGAACAGCCCAAUGACAAUUCAUUAUAUCGUGAUAGGAGUUCCGAUUUCGAUACAGAUAUCAUUGAUGGUCAGCCGACUGAUCCCAAAGUAUUUAUGAAUCGACUUGCAGUGUUGCGUAGAGAACUGGGUCUUGGUGGUAUAUCUACAACAAAUGUUGAUGGCAACAUUGGAACAGCUGAUGAAGCAGGAAUACAAAAUACGGUUUUGGAAGCAACACUGGUAAGCGUGUUUCAGAUGAAUAGUACUAAAUAUAAAAAACUUCCAACAUUUUUGAUAAUACGACGUCCCAUUCCACUUCAUUAAACUGGAAGUGGUUGCAUACCAGUACUGAAGACUCUUUAACUUUUUAGUUUUUAAUGAUAAACAAGAUUUGUGCUACAGUAUGCAAUUUUCAGCAUAUAAUAGUUCAACCAAAUAUCUUUAAACGAAAUAGUCUUUGCAUUUGAAUGUUAAUAAUAACAGUUAUAAAGUCUACAAUGCAUAACAGGCACCUGGUAUUACAUUAGCCACUGGUUUGGGGCGUAAUUUUGGUGGUGAUCGAUAUACUCUCAUCUAGGUUUAAAAGCUGUCUGACUUUCUUGAGUUUGCUGGUCUCGAGCCCCAGUUGGGCAUCGGAUAACUAUUCAGCCUAGGAUCUUGGAUGUAAUUUUAGGCAAACUAAAUACCUUUUCGUUAUCACAAGAGGAUUUCUCUCCCCUUUUAUACGCUUUGAUGGUCAAUGAAGAGUACACCAGUUUGACGGCACUACCUUUGGUUCCCAUUCACUACCUAGUACCUCCGUCAGCGACUUCCUACCUCCAUCCAUGGAAAUUUCAGUCGGACAUUACUAAAGAUCAGUUCGAUUAGCACUCCAUGAUCAAUGGGGAUUUUCGUGAUUCACGUCUUGUUUGUAAUCUUUAUACAUGCUCAGUCCUCAUCGGUAAUCAUCUGAAGCACACAUAGCUGGUUGAUGUCUAUUAUUGCACUCCUGGACAAUGUUAGCAUUUCAAACGAGGCGUGAGUUUUAGAUGUGUGUCAGUCCACAGAAAUCUCUGAAGUUCUUUGUUUGUUAGCAAUCACCACCAAGGCGUAUCUGGGUGUAUAAAGAAGCUGGUGUUCCUUUGGUUCAUCAGGAUUGUGACUGCGCAUCGAGAUUCUUAUCGAUCACUAACACUAAUUACUCUUGAAAGAACAGCUGUCCAUCAGAACUAACACCAAAAAUAGUAGGAAGAUGCACGAUCUUCCGAUUUAAUGUAUUUAUUCACGAUUAUCGCUACGUAUUUCGAUACUAACCAAACUGAGCGUAUUUCUUCUUUCAGAAUAUAACGAAACCCACAGGUGAUCAGAACUCCGAUUCUCCUGACGAAAAUGCUCAACCAGAAAUAGAACAAAAACCGACUAUGUCUGCUACUGAACUAAUGGAUCUCAAACGUCGCUUAGAUCGAAUCAAAAGUGCGCAAAAACACUGAUAUACAUGUAUAUUCAUUUAUUUAUUUAUUUGAAAAUCGCACAAACUAUGAUCUAUGCAAAUGUAAAUAAUUCCCAGGGACUGUUUGUCAGAUUUUAAUCAUUUAAAAUUGUGCACAUUGCAACAAAGAAAAAAGUGUAUGUUUACU